AUGGGACAGGGUGGGGACCAAAGUAGCCGCAGCAAGUUUGGCCGGGGGAGGAAGAGGAAGAGAAAGAGGGAGAGGGAGAGGGAGAGGGAGAAGAAAGUCGAGGUUGGGGAAUACGACGACAAUUUCCCCCAGAUGGCGCAGGCGGUGAUGGCCCCUAGAGAUGCAGAGGGAGCAAGGGCAGCCAGGGAUUGGGGCUUUGAUAUGUGCGCACUGCAGGACCCUCGACCCUCGACCCUCGUCGCGCUUGGCUGCUCUUUUCCCCCCCACAGCACGACAGGGCAGGGCAAGACAGGACAGGACAGGGCAGACUUGAGCCGGCCUGCUAAACUCUCUGGCGCAAUGCAUCCAUCCCAUCCCUCGCUGGCUCCAUUGCUCCAUCCAUCCAUCUACCUACCCACCCAUCCACCCAAUCCAUCCAUCCACCCAUCAUCCAACCCACCGACGCCCGCCCCGCCGCCUCCUCCGCCGCCGCCGCCGCCAAACCCCCACCCCCCAGCUGCACGCCGCAUGCACGUCUUGCGACACCCCCAGCUGGCGCCCUUCUUCAGCACCCUCACAGCGGGCCCUCUGGUCGCCGGCGGUUCUGGGUCAGCUGUGGCAUCGUCAUCCAUGCGUGCCACGAGACAGACUCAUGACUGA